AUGACGUCCAUGGAUUCAGUCGGACUGAGGUCAAAGUUUCUCCAAGAGGCAGCACACCUUCUCGCUGUCUCCUCCCCAGCGGCUUCAGCAUUCCUAGGAUCAGCGCGGGAUAGGCUUUUCGAGGAUACAGAACAGGGCAUUCCCGCCAAGGAUUGGGAUGCUCUUCGUCGCGAGACUUGCGGAGCUUGCGGGAACCGUAUGAUUCCAGGAUGGUCUUGCAAAAUUACGACUCGAACUUUAUCUGGUGUAGUUGUAAAGAAGAAACCGGCCAUUCCGAAUAAAUCAACUAGACCAGAGAAGAAUAUCGUCCUCGACUGCUUAAGAUGCCGUCGGAAGACCAUUCAGUCGCUCCAGCCGAGGCCGUCCAGACACAUCAGAAAGUCCAAAAGCCGCGUGGAAGCAAAGUCGACAUUGGACCUCGUACAGCCAACCAAAGAGGAGGAGAACAAGGUGCUCAAAUCAGCAAACGCCAACAGCAAGCAAAGGAAAAAGGCUCGAAAGGGCGGUCUACAGGCAAUGCUAGAGAAGAACAAGACAAACUCGAGCCAAGGAGGACUGGGGCUUGAUCUAAUGGACUUUGCGAUGUGA